AGGAGGAGGAAAAAAAAGGCGGGGGGGGGGGGGGGGCGGACCGGCCGCUGCCGGGCGCGGGUGGCGGCGAUGGCGCUGGAGACCCUGUCCCCGGACUGGGAGUUCGACCGCCUCGACGAUGGCUCGCAGAAAAUUCAUGCCGAAGUACAGUUGAAGAAUUACGGAAAAUUUCUUGAGGAAUAUACAUCUCAGCUGAAGAGAACUGAAGAUGCUUUGGAUGACUCCAUUGGAGAUGUUUGGGACUUCAGUCUUGAUCCCAUUGCAUUAAAGCUUUUGCCAUAUGAACAAUCUUCCCUACUUGAGCUCAUAAAGACAGAAAACAAGGUUCUAAACAAAGUAAUAACUGUGUAUGCUGCUCUUUGCUGUGAAAUCAAGAAGUUAAAAUAUGAGGCAGAAACUAAAUUUUAUAAUGGCCUCUUGUUUUAUGGAGAAGGAGCCACAGAUUCCAGCAUGGUGGAGGGAGAUUGCCAAAUACAGAUGGGAAGAUUUGUUUCUUUCUUGCAGGAGCUGUCCUGCUUUGUUACCCGAUGUUACGAAGUGGUGGUAAAUGUAGUGCAUCAGUUGGCUGUUCUCUAUACCAACAACAAGAAUGCACCUAAAAUUAUAGAGACAUCAGGAGUUCAUUUUCAGACAAUGUAUGAGCAUCUGGGAGAGUUGCUCACAGUCUUAAUCACUCUGGAUGAAAUAAUUGACAAUCAUGCCACUUUGAAAGAUCACUGGACCAUGUAUAAGAGGCUGCUAAAAUCUGUCCAUCACAACCCUUCUAAGUUUGGGAUUGAAGAAGAUAAACUGAAGCCAUUUGAAAAGCUUCUGUUAAAACUGGAAUGCCAGCUACUUGAUGGAAUGAUAUUUCAGGCCUGCAUAGAGCAGCAGUUUGAUUCUGUAAAUGGUGGAGUGUCAGUGUCGAAGAACAGCACAUUUGCUGAAGAAUUUGCUCAUACCCUUCGUACAGCUUUUGCAAACGUUGAAGCCAAACUUGGUGAACCUUCAGAAAUUGACCAGAGAGAUAAAUAUGUGGGCAUCUGUAGCCUCUUUGUACUGCAUUUUCAGAUUUUUCGGACCAUAGACAAGAAAUUUUACAAGUCAUUGUUGGAUGUCUGUAAAAAGGUACCAGCCAUCACAUUAACUGCUAACAUUAUCUGGUUUGCUGACAACUUCCUGAUUCACAAGAUACCGGCUGCUGCUAAACUUCUGGACAAGAAAAGUAUUCAUGCAGUUAAAAUGCAAAGGGAGAACUUUCUACAGCAGAGGGCACAGUCACUUACCAAAGAUAUGCAGUCAUAUUACGUUUUUGUGAGCUCAUGGAUGACAAAAAUGGAAUCGAUCUUGUCAAAGGAGCAACGUGUGGAUAAGUUUGCUGAAGAUCUUUCUAACCGCUGCAAUGUCUUCAUCCAGGGUUUUCUUUAUGCAUACAGUCUUAGCACCAUCAUUAAAACUACAAUGAAUCUCUACAUGUCAAUGCAAAAACCUAUGACCAAAACGUCGGUGAAAGCUCUGUGCAGACUUGUGGAACUUCUGAAGGCAAUAGAACACAUGUUUUACCGAAGAAGUAUGGUUGUGGCAGAUUCUGUGACGCACAUUGCUCAGCAUCUGCAGUAUCAGGCUCUUCACUCUAUUUCUGUUGCCAAGAAAAGAGUCAUUUCUGAUAAAAAGUACAGUGAGCAACGCCUGGAUGUCCUCUCUGCUUUGGUGUUGGCUGAGAACACCCUCAAUGGGCCAAGUACGAAACAGAGGCGGCUCAUUGUUUCCCUAGCACUAAGCGUGGGAACACAGAUGAAAACUUUUAAAGAUGAAGAACUUGUUCCCCUUCACUUAGUUCUGAAAAAACUAGACUUGAUCAGUGAACUUACAGAGCGAGUUCGAGCACAAUGUGACUGUUGUUUCUUAUACUGGCAUCGAGCAGUCUUUCCAAUCUACUUAGAUGAUGUGUAUGAAAACGCAGUUGAUUCUGCUAGACUGCAUUAUAUGUUUAGUGCACUGCGGGACUGCGUACCUGCUAUGAUUCAUGCAAGACACUUGGAAUCCUACGAGGUGCUUCUGGAAUGCUAUGACAAAGAAAUCAUGGAAGUGCUCAAUGAGCACUUGCUGGACAAAUUAUGUAAAGAGAUAGAAAAGGACCUGCGCUUAUCGGUUCAUACACACCUAAAGCUGGAUGACAGAAACCCCUUCAGAGUUGGUAUGAAGGAUCUAGCUCACUUCUUCUUUUUGAACCCAAUACGUUUUUUCAAUCGAUUCAUUGACAUAAAAGCUUAUGUAACUCACUAUUUGGACAAGACCUUCUACAACUUAACGACUGUAGCUCUUCAUGACUGGGCCACCUACAGUGAAAUGAGAAACCUAGCAACUCAGCGCUACGGUUUAUGUAUGACUGAAGCACAUCUUCCCAGUCAGACUCUGGAACAGGGUCUGGAUGUUUUGGAAAUCAUGAGAAAUAUUCAUGUUUUUGUAUCCCGCUACCUCUACAAUCUGAAUAAUCAGAUCUUCAUCGAAAGAACAAGUAAUAACAAACACUUGAACACUAUCAAUAUCCGACACAUUGCUAAUUCAAUUCGAACUCAUGGAACGGGAAUCAUGAACACAACAGUAAACUUCACUUAUCAAUUUUUGAGGAAAAAGUUUUAUAUUUUUAGCCAGUUCAUGUAUGAUGAACAUAUAAAAUCCAGGCUUAUCAAAGACAUCAGAUUCUUCAGGGAAGUCAAGGAUCAAAAUGAUCAUAAGUAUCCUUUUGAAAGAGCAGAUAAAUUCAACCGUGGAAUCAGGAAACUUGGAAUAACCCCGGAUGGCCAGAGCUAUCUUGACCAGUUCAGACAACUCAUAAGUCAAAUUGGCAACGCUAUGGGCUACGUACGAAUGAUAAGAUCUGGUGGACUUCACUGCUGUAGUAGUGCAAUUAGGUUUGUUCCUGAUCUGGAAGAUAUCGUUAACUUCGAAGAGCUGGUGAAAGAAGAAGGACUCGCAGAAGAAACACAGAAAGCAGCCAGGCAGUUGGACUCUGUCCUCAGUGACCUCACCCGUAACUUUGCAGAAGGGACGGAGUACUUCAAAAUGCUUGUGGAUGUAUUUGCUCCUGAAUUCCGCAGCCCAAAGAACAUGCAUUUGCGGAACUUCUAUAUAAUUGUUCCCCCACUGACCCUCAAUUUUGUAGAGCAUUCCAUUAGUUGCAAGGAGAAAUUGAAUAAGAAGAACAAAAGUGGAGCAGCUUUCACUGAUGAUGGGUUUGCAAUGGGUGUGGCUUACAUUCUGAAGCUUUUGGAUCAGUACCAAGAGUUUGAUUCUCUGCACUGGUUCCAGUCUGUUAGAGAGAAGUACGUGAAGGAAAUCAGAGCAGUAGCUAAGCAACAGAAUGUGCAGUCCACUAAUCAAGAUGAAAAGCUGCUGCAAACUAUGAACCUUACCCACAAGCGACUGGAAGUUUGUUUACAGGAAUUUGAACUCCUUUAUUUCUCACUAAGUAGUGCAAGAAUUUUUUUCAGAGCAGAUAAAACCGCAGCAGAAGAAAACCAGGAAAGGAAAGAAAAAGAAGAAGAAUCUGUUAAAGCAAGCAAUGGAGAUCUUUCCAACUCUACGCCUGCAGAUCCUGUUGUGAAAUGAUGUGCCUGGUAUGGGUGAUGAUUACUUACUCAUAUAAUUCAUGUUCUUGUUAUCAGUAACACUCUGUAGGGGGUAAAAGCUCUCGAUUUGAUUUACUUGCUCUGUUAAACCCAAGAAAAAAUGUACAGUAGUAUCUGAGCCGCCAGUGAGGCUAGGUCUGUGUUUGCCUAUAUUUCUUGUAGACACUCCUAUUUCUCAGGAGUUUAAAUUAUUUACAGCUCUUUCUUUACAUUCAAAAUAAUGAUGUAAAGUGUGGCCCUGGGAGGUAGUUAUUUUGAAGCAGAGAUGUGCAGGAAAAAAAAAUCUUACUGAUUUUUAGAUGCAUUCUUGCAUCUCUAACAUAGCAUUUAAAAACAAAGCAAAAAAACAAAAAAAAGCCAAAACCCAAACCAAACAACCAAAAGCAAACUCACAGGCCGUAAGGUUUGAACCGGUGCAUCUUUUCAACCAGAAAAAAAAAAUUGACUCAAGGCAUUGUGUUUAUCUCUUGUCUGAGAAAUAAUUCAGAGCUGGUUUUAUGCAGUUCUGUUGUAUUUAAUGCAGCCACAGGUUACAUUGUAAGUGUAACAGUGUAUGUUAAAGCUAUCCCACAAAAUGGAAAUCGUCAUUAAUGUUUUAUUCCACGAACCCUUAUUAUUACUAUAGGCAGUAAUUGCACUGUGGGAACUUAGGAUCCUGUCAGACAUUUAUUUUUCCCCUGCUGUUUUUUCCCCCCGUAUCAGAGAAUGGGAAAACCAGAGAAGUUAACGUAAUCAAUUCCUUCUCAUUUCAUACCGAAGGUCUGACUUGCGUCCACAGAAGUAAGGAAAUCCAGAGCCAAGACAGAACCACAAUCAGCUCUUCCUUUUAUGACCAGACACUGUGUAAUGGGUGUCUGUAACUAUUAAGUGAUCUUACAGUUCAUUAAUAUGUUGUGCCUAAUUGCAAGUUUCAGCCUCAAUGCUGUAUUUCCUCACCUUUGUAGGUCUCUUGUACUGUCCGUGUUGUUCAUACAGUCUGACAUGCCUGAUUAUUAACAAGAAUUGCACUGCAGGCUUCAGAAGCUGCUGAACACUGUGAGAACUCUGUAUAAAUAAAACAUCUGUAAUGCCUGCAAGUAGAGGGUCUAGACUGUGCGAGAGUUACUCAGAUUCCUAACUUAAGUAGCUAGGCUUAGCUUAAACGUAAACACCACUUCCAUUAAAAGAUACAGUUGUGUUUUAAUCUCCCAGAACGUAAAACACUUCUAGGUCUUACUAGCUAGAAUAAACUACUUAGGCUGUCCAUCUGAGAAUUACUUUUUUGGGGGGGGGAGGGGGUUUAACACUCUUUAACUGUAUUUUUAGACCGUACUUGCCAGCUUCUUUCACCUAAUUACAGAAAAGGUAAUGUUUUAAUGGUUCAGAUUGUUCCACCCACCCCUGGGUCACUGGUUAAGACCAUUCCUGGUGUAUUUGUGAUCCACCCUUUCCCGCCAGUCACUUCAACCUUCAGAAAGCCAGGACAAAUGCUUUGUUGCAACUGGAAAGACCGGAUGACUAUGAAAGUCCUUUCAUUAGGUCUGAAAACACGUCAUGGAAGCCUUGUGGACUGUUUAAAUCAGCAGUGCUCAUUAUAAAGUUUUUAUUUUAAUUCACCGUAACUUGCAGAGACUGCCCUAAAGAAUGCUGCAUUACUCGAUUUGUUAUUUUUGCCUUUUUAUUUUGAUACAGGGUUUUGGUUUGGUGGUUUUUUUUUUUUUUUUUUUUUUGGCAAUUUGUGUACACUUUUUUUUGACCAAACUGUGCCCACGCUGCACCCUUGGUAGCGCCGCUGAGAUCAGCAUCCUUGCUGCUGCUGCUAGUUUCCAUCCUGUUGCAAUUGAAGUGUCCACAUUUCCAUAUUCCUGUCUCAUCUGAAGGCACGUUAAGUUCUUGGCCUGGAGUGGCCAGGCACUACAUUGCCUCCUUCCACCGCAACUGCAGAACCACGUGUCGAUGGUGUUUGUGUCCCCCACGAUGGCAUUGCUAGGUAGCUAUGUACAGUCAAGGCAUUACCUGCCCUGGAAUAAAAUCUGGACUUGUAUUUUCCCUUCUGCUAUUUUUUUUUUUUUGGAAAGACGCUGGCUCAAAUAGGUAAUACUUUGCAGUUGAAGAUAAAUUGAACUGUGCGUUUUCUUAAUGGAUGGUGACUAACAAAUUCGUGUGGUUCUGGCGAUGGAAAUUCUAAAGGAAAGACAUAAGCCUAUUUUUUAUAGAACCCUGUUUAAUCUGGGAGACCUGAAUGUAUACUAUAUGUGGCAAAAAUAUAUAAAUAGACACAAAUAUGUACAGUGAUAAUAGAGCUAUUCUUGCUAAUACGGGAUUGUAGUUUAGAUUUCUUUCUUUUUGUCAUGUAGCAGCAUAUACGUGCAGCAAGCUUUCCUCAUCUGAAAUACAAGGUGGGUCCUGACUUUGGAUGUCACACCCCUCCGUGUCAGUGAGAGUCACAGUAAAUCCUUUUUCCCCCCGCAGGGAUCUGGAAGAGGUACAAAAUUCUUGCUGUGGUGCUACUGCUCUUCUCAUUGCUUUUGCCCUCCCGUUCCAAUUACAGGAACAAAAUGGCCCCAAACUGGUUGCCUGGAGAGGAGACAAUGGAACUAAAACAGAAAAUAUUUUUUUGUUUCAGUUCCAAGCUAAACAGAAUGCGCUCCCUCGAAAUUCCCAGAGGUGAUAAAAGGAAAGGGAGGCUGAGUUUGCUGCAGGGACGCAGAACAGAUCCCUAGUGGUGGUGGUUUUUUUUUUUUUUCCUUCAGGGCAGGGGCAGAACAGGCUCCAGGCCCAUCUCCCCCCCGAGCGGGCAGCUGCCACCCCCGCCCUCCUGGCUCGUCUUGCGACGAGGCUGUUGCACCUACGGGUGGCAGCAGCAGCAGCAGCAGCAGCAGCAUUUCCAGGGGUCCUGCAGCCCCUCCUGCUGGGGCGCGGUGCCCCCUCAGGCCGGGAGCCUGGGGGAGCUGCCCUGCCCCUUCCCCCUGCGGCGGGGUGGUGGUCGGGGGGGGCGAGGGCAGAGCAGAGGUGCCACCAAACAACCAGGGUGAAGGGCGAUUGCGCCGACUGGGGAGGAGGGAUGGGCCCAGCAGCACCGGGCUGGUGUGUCUGCUCCGCGGGAAAUGAACUGCCGGCGGUGCUGGAGGUCCUGGUGUGGUCCGCGGUCAGGAGUGGAGUUUUCAUCUGAUGGCCAUCAACAACAGCUGUCUUCAGCUUCUCAGGUACAACGGACCAAAUGUAACACUUAAUGUUUCCUGACUCAUUGUACAAAAGGGUGUUUUGUUACCUCAGUCUCUUUGGUUUGUGAGGAGAGAACGUUCUGUACAUAACUGUGUUAAUAAACGCAAUUUUGAGAACCUC